GUUAAAUAUGGCCUUAUGGGUGGGUAAAAAGUAUGGCGAGGAACACUGAAUUUGUGUAAACCUGAGUGGAAUUGAAUAAUGCGUUUCCAACAUUGAAGUAGUGGUGAUGGGUUCGAAGAAGGUACGGGCGUCAGACAUUUCGUAUCCUUAAAACAACCCCGUUCUUGAUUUCCCGUUCACCGUCCGAACAGACAUUCUCACAUGGACUCUGUACCGGAGGAGUAGUGGGAACGGGAGCCAUCAUGGUCCACUCCUCCCUCCAGCUGUCUUUACCUCCCCUCCAAUCAAAUCCCAUUUUCUUCCUUCCAAUUCCUCUCUAUAAAUCACCUGCAAUUAAAUCUAUUCCUCUUACUUCCAUACAGGGUUUUCCUCCAUCACCGGAAAAUUGCGCUUCUCCGGGAUUAGUAGUUUACAUUUCGCAACCAUGCAAUCCUCUGCUGAGAGUGACUUCGUUUCCAUCUCCGGCGACAUGACCGUUCUUGACAGGCAGGCUGCCGUCUUCCACCGCUUCUACCAGCAGCCGAUUCACGCCACCGACGACGCCGGGAAUUCGUUUUCCGGCGUGUUUGACGGCAACUUAGCGUCGCUCUGGACCCCGAACGAUAACUCCGGGAAGGAAUCCGCCAAUGUUUUGUCGCGUUCCAAUUCUUCUGUGACGGCUGUGGCGGCACCGACGACGUUAAAGUUAAAUGCCCGGAACACCACCACUCUCGGCGGGAGAUCGACGAGGAAGAGGAAAUCAGAGCAAUGCUUGGAAGACAAGAAGUGGGAAGCAGAAACCGGCGAGGCUCAGUCGGAAAUCACAGUGAAAUCGGAAAGGGAGACUUCCGGGAACUCUGCUUCUAAACAGAACAAGAAAGCCUCUAACGAGAACGACGCCGUUCAGAAGUCCAGUAAUUACAUUCAUGUUAGGGCUCGCCGUGGCCAAGCUACCGACAGCCAUAGCUUAGCAGAAAGAGCAAGGAGGGAGAAAAUCGGCAAGAAAAUGAAGUGUUUGCAAGAUUUAGUUCCGGGGUGCAACAAAGUUGUUGGGAAAGCAGGAAUGCUGGAUGAAAUCAUUAAUUACGUUCAAUCGCUACAAAAACAAGUCGAAUUCUUGUCGAUGAAACUAGCUGUUUUGAACCCGAGGCUAGAAUACGGCAAUGAUCACUUAUUCCCAAAAGAGGUGGCGGCAUACAUGGGAGGAUAUUCGGGUGGGCAAGGAGAAGGAGUAAAUGCAGCGUUUCUUCACCAUCAAUGGCAACAACAAUUAUUAGCGACAGCCACCAGCCGAGGAGGAAGUACAGAAAGUGAUGUGUCUGUAUCAGAAGACGUACACACGAUAAUGCCCCAAAGGAAAGAACACCACAAUAACAAUAAUCAUAAUAAUUCCUCUCUAUCCAUCCCUGAGUUGUACCUCGAGUCGCCUUAUUUUUCGCAAGUGCAGGGCUGGGAAAGUGAAUGGUCAACCCCUUUUAAUGCAAGCUUUCACUGAUUAUUAUGAGGUUACCAUACCAUGCAGAGAGGGAGUUCUUCAAGAUUCAUGAUAUUAACAGAUGUUUUAGAAUAAUCUUUCUUUUUCUAUUUAUCAAAAUUCUUUUCUGCCAUUGAGAUCUAGUUUUGAUCGCAGAUUCAGCAGAUAAAUUGGCAUGCAUGUGAAAUAUAAAUUAAAGUCAUUGAUGAUGUUUAAUUUUUUACAAGUAUCUUGGAGUUUGGACUUUGG